AUGGGGUUUUUGCUCAGGACUGCGGCUGCGCACCGGACUUGUGCUGCAGCCAAUAUGGCUAUUGUGGAACUGGCAAUGACUAUUGUGGCAGAGGGUGUCAAGGAGGUCCUUGCUAUGCUCCGCCCACUAGCUAGUAAUGGAGUUUCGGUUUCUAAUAUCGUGAUGGAUGCAUUUUUCAAUGGCAUUGCUGAUCAAGCUGCCGGAAAUAGUUCUGGAAAGGGAUUUUGCACAAGGGCAGCUUUUCUUGAUGCUCUUGGUUCCGAUCCACAGUUCGGGACUGUUGGUUCUGUCGAUGAUUCCAAGCGCGAGAUUGCUGCAUUCUUCGCCCAUGUUACGCAUGAGACUGGACCAGGGAAUAGUAUAGGCUUUGAUGGUUUGAACAACCCAGACAUCGUAGCAACAGAUCGCAUAGUGUCGUUCAAGACUGCAUUAUGGUAUUGGAUGAAUCAUUGUCACGAUAUCAUAACAUUGGGUCAAGGUUUUGGGGCUACAAUUCGGGCUAUUAAUGGUCCUCUUGAAUGCGAUGGUGCUAAUCCAGGCACGGUCAAUACUCGUAUCGGCCAAUUUGGUUAUUGCGGCACUGGUAAUGACUACUGUGGAACAGGGUGCCGGGCCGGCCCUUGCUAUGCUUCACCCACCAACGGAGGUACGGUUGCUAAUAUUGUGACAGAUGCGUUCUUCAAUGGUAUUGCUAAUCAAGCUGCCGGAAAUUGUGCCGGAAAGGGAUUCUACACGAGAGCAGCAUUUCUCGAAGCUAUUCGUUCAUAUCCAAAGUUCGGGACUGUUGGUUCCGCAGAUGAUUCCAAACGCGAGAUUGCUGCAUUCUUUGCUCAUGUUACUCAUGAGACUGGACAUUUCUGCUAUAGAGAGGAAAUAGGCGGCCCAUCUAAAAACUAUUGCGACCCGAAUAACCAACAGUAUCCUUGUGUCCCUGGCAAGGGUUACUAUGGGCGAGGUCCUCUACAACUAUCGUGGAACUACAACUAUGGACCAGCUGGUAGAAGCAUAGGUUUUGAUGGUUUAAGAAAUCCAGAAAUUGUAGCCACAAACAGCGUAGUGUCGUUCAAGACUGCUCUCUGGUUUUGGAUGAAUCAAUGUCACAAUAUUAUAACUUCAGGCCAAGGUUUUGGAGCUACAAUUCGGGCUAUUAAUAGUAUUGAAUGCAAUGGUGGUAAUUCGGGCGCUGUUAAUGCUCGAGUUCAAUAUUACACUAACUACUGCAAUAAAUUUCAAGUUAAUCCUGGCAACAAUCUGAGAUGCUAA